AUGUCGUCAAACAUUGAUCUUCCAAUCGAAAAAUGCACAAUCAAAGCAUCUGCACCACAAAAACUUGAACCAGGAAGAUUGGGAGUCGAAAGAACAUUCAAAACAAAUGCUUCAAGAAUCACUCUCAAUCCAAACUUGUCCGUCUUCAAAUACGACGUUGAUAUCAAUUUGAUCUACCAAAAACAAAAUGGAGAUGAUGCGAAGAAGUCGUUGACUAAAGGACCAAAAAAUGAUUGCCUUUCUCAAGUGAGAGGAAAAUAUGCCAACGCUGCAUUGAAAGUGGUUUUUGACACAAAAUUGAAAGGAUUCAAAGAUAUCGAUUUGUUUUAUGAUUCUCAAUCAAAUUUGUACUCAACAACAAAAAUCCCAGAUAUUGUGAGUUUUAACCAUUUAUUAUUUGAUUUAUUUAAAAAAUAUGAAUUUCAGCAUGAAAAUAUUGCUCCAAAAGAUGUUGUCCCAGGAGAUAAUGAUUGUAAAUCUGUUGAGGUCAAAAUCACAAAAGUUGUUGAUUCUUUCCAAGUUUCAACAAAUGACACAAAACUGACAGUCAAUCCAACAUUUGGAAAAGCCGAUGUCACACUUCUCGAAGCUCUCAACACAAUUAUCAGUGGAUCAUUGAACCAUAAGAAUGAACUCAUCACUUAUAAAGGUGUUCACUAUGUUUUGGAUCCAAGUGGCCUUGGUUUCAGACAAGAUCAAUUGCCAGCAUUAUCCGGUUCUCAAUAUAUGGGAGUUGGUAUUUCGGAAGCAGUGAGAACAUAUGAAGGAGAUUCAAAAGGAGAAUCAGCACUUUAUUGUGUUGUUGAUUUGAGAAAAACUGCAUUCCAUGCUGAUUAUCAACCCUUGAUGGAAAAAUUUGGCUCUCUUGUAAAUGCAAAUUACAGAGAACCACUUCGCAAAAAUUUGAAAGCGGUUGAUCCUCAAGGAAUGUAUUUGAGGGAAAUGGUCAAAGGUAAAUCUUUCAUAGAAUCGAGGACAAAACAUAAUGUAAUAAUUCAUUUCAGGUUUGGUUGUUCGACUCAAUUAUGGACAAAACAGAGGAAGAGGAGAACACGCCAGAUCUUUCAUCAUUGGAGGAUUCGGGCCAUGCCCAGCUGAAGCAACAUUCGUAUCACAAGGAAAAACGUGGACAGUUCAACAAUAUUUUUACGAAACAUUUGGAAUCACUCUGCAAUAUCCAAACUUUCUCACUGUUUUUGAUAAGAAAACCAGAGGGGUUCUUUACCCACCAGAACUUCUUAUUGUUGGAGAAAAUCAACGAGCAACAACUAAUCAACUUACCAAAGACGGUCAAGAUAAAUUAGUAAAAGCAACUGCAAUUCUACCAAGUGCGAGAGAAGGAGAACUUGCAAAACUUGCGAAUUAUACUGGAUUGGAUGGAACAAAUAAAGCUUUGGAAAAAGUUGGAAUCAGAAUUGCCCCUGAAACUCUUAUCGUUAAAGGACGAAUUUUGCCAACUCCAAUUAUUGGCUCAAGCGAGGGUAGAAAACUAAUGGUUCAGAACAACUGUAAAUGGCAGAGCCAAAAGUUCAAAGUUGCCAUGACACUUCCCAAAUGGACAUUUGUUUCAAUUGAUUCUGGAAUCAAUGUCGAAGUGUUCAAAACCAAACUUCGCGAUCGAGUUAUUUCAAGUGGAAUGACUUGGACAAAACCAAAUGAACGGAUUUAUAAAAACAAUGAUCGAUUCAAUGUUGAAGAAAUAAUUUCAAGCGAGAAAAAUCAAUCGACCAAAUUUAUUUUCUUCAUUGUCAGAGAUAGCUUGAAUUUGCAUCGUAAGUUGUUUAAAAAACUACAUUUGUCCUAAAUUUACAAUUAUUUUUUCAGAAGAAAUCAAAUUACUCGAACAAAAAUAUGAUAUUUUGACUCAAGAAGUCCGAGCAACGGUUGCAGGAAAAGUUGUCGAGAAAGGCCAACCACAAACCGUUGAAAAUAUUGUGAACAAAAUGAAUUUGAAAUUGGGAGGAGUCAACUGGGAAGUUCAAGGAUAUAACAUUCCAAAUGCGAAAAAUCCUUCAAAUCUACUUGAUGCGACUGCUGGUCGUUUGAUUUUUGGAUUCGAAUCAUCCCGCGGACUUGGAGAUGAUGUUGUAUGUGUUGGAUAUUCUGCUAAUGCCACAAAAAAUGUUCAAAACUUCAUUGGAAAUUACAAAUACGUCAAACAAAAUAAAGAUGUAAGUUUUCAAAAACAUUUUCAUUUUAACAUAUUUUUACUGUUUUUUUUUCAGAUUUAUGGACAAGUUCUUCGCCCGGCAGUUCUUGAAAUGAUUAAAAAAUAUAAAGAGAGCCGUAACGCGGAUCCGAAACAUUUAUACAUUUAUUUGAAUGGGAUUUCUGAAGGACAAUUUUCGAUGGUCGCCAAUGAUUAUGCAGACAAAGUGAAACAAGCAUGUCAAGAAUAUUCGGAGAAAUGCCGCCCACACAUCACUAUUAUGUGUGUCUCAAAAGCACCAAAUGAGAGAAUCACAAAUGGCACAAUAACUGGAAAUCGAGCUGCAGAACAGAAUAUUGCACCAGGAUCGUGUGUUGAUACUAAAAUUGUUAAUCCACAUAUCAAUGAAUUCUUCUUGAAUUCUCAUUCGGCAUUCCAAGGAUCUGCUAGAACUCCAAAGUUCUCACAUGUAUUCGAUACUGCAAAAUUGCCGAUGGAUUUCCACGAAGGAUUGGCACAUCAGUUAUCAUUCUUACACGGAAUUGUUUCAUCAACAACUUCACUUCCAUCCCCAAUUAUUAUUGCUGAUCGAUAUUCAAAACGUGGUUCAUCAAACUAUAAAACUUCUUCAAGAUCAGACGAUCGUUCUGUGAAUUCAGUGAACGAAGUCAACUUUGAUGCUUUGAACAGCAAUUUAUCAUAUUCACAAAAACACUUAAUCAAUUAUCGUUUUAAUGCAUAA